AUGAUCUCCAAGGCCACCGGCCGUCAACAUGCGGCACCAGCAAAUAUCCGUGAUGCCUUCUCCCGAGCCAUGUCCGCUAUGUAUACAACUGAGGUCCCUCUAUACGGAACACUGUUGGCCCUUGUUUCUCAUGUCAACAAGACGACCCUUGAACAAGAUCCUACACUACGCCGGCACUUGGAAGCCACAGACGACCUAGUCCGUAUCGACCUGGAACGACAUGGUGCCAUCAGAGUUGGUACCCCGGCAGAACUUCAUUCAGUGCGGCGCGUGCUUCACGCAAUGGACAUGCAUCCUACUGGGUAUUACGACCUGGCCGCUGCGGGAGUACCCGUGCAUGCAACCUGUUUCCGCCCUCACAGCGCAUCGGAGCUAUCCAAGAAUCCAUUUCGUUUGUUUGUUUCGAUGUUGCAGCCGCACCUGAUCGCAAAUGAAAAUCUCCGAGCCAUUGCUAUGGAGACUCUUGGUUGUCGACAGAUCUUCUCACAACGCAUGUACGAGCUCCUAGACAUCUACGAGCGCCAUGGUGGCCUUACAGACGCCGAGGCUGAGGAGUUUGUGAGGGAAGCGAGGAAUAGCUUCCGAUGGCAUGCUACUGCUGCUGUUCCUCAAGAUGUCUAUCUUCGGCUUUUGCGCGAAAAUUCUGUCUUAGCUGAUAUUGUUGCUUUUCGGUCACCUCACAUCAACCACCUCACUCCCCGUACCUUGGACAUCGAUGCGGUACAGUCCGACAUGCUAGACCGGAAUAUCCCGCUUAAGGAAUACGUCGAAGGUCCGCCAAAAAGGAAGUGCCCAAUUCUCCUGCGUCAAACCAGCUUUAAAGCCAUUGAGGAGCCGAUUGGAUUUCCAAGAGACACUAAGGGCAACCCGACAGACUCGUCUAAUGCCGUGCCUGGGUAUCAUACAGCCAGAUUUGGGGAGAUAGAGCAGCGAGGUGUAGCCUUAACAGUCAAGGGGCGUCAGAUGUAUGACUCGAUGUUACAAUCGGCAUUGCAGGAUGGCAUCACAGCUCUGAAUGCAGACGCAUAUUCUCUGAAAUUCGCCGAAUUCCCCGAUUCAUGGGAGCAGCUACGUGCCGAGGGCCUGGCGUGGUUUCAAUACCGUGUUGAUUUGGACAAACUACAGUUGGCAAAGACUCUGAAAUCCGAUGAUCUCGAGGAUUUGAUUGAAUCCGGGUAUGUGGUGUACGAGCCCAUAGUCUACGAGGAUUUCCUCCCCAUCAGCGCAGCAGGCAUCUUCCAGAGUAAUCUUGUCAAUCCUAGGGCGACCAACGGCGGGUCACCGAGAUCGGUUUCUUGCAGUAGCAAACGAGAGUUUGAGCUCGCCCUGGGCGUGGAAACUAUGGAUGAGAUGGUCCUAUACAAAAGAAUCCAGGACGAUAGUCUGGCGAAAUGUCGACAGUGUGUUCGAGACUUUGGACUGGGAACACAUGUAAUAUGA